AUGAAUCUAUUAUAAUAGUUUUAUUCGUUUUUAGUUUGUUUACAAAUAGCAAGAUGUUAUGAUUCUCGAUUCUACAACACUGACUUACCAAUAUAUGAACCAUUUCCUUUAUCAGUGAUUAAUCCAACUACGAGUCUUUGCAAGAAUGGUUCUACUGAUGUGAUGUCUCUAUUUAACUCUAAUUAGUAAAAUUUUCUUGCUCUAAAUCUCUAACUAUGUGGCUUCGCUAUCUAUAAUAUCACAGAUAAGUAAAAUAGUAUCUAAAUUGUGCAAUUCUUUCCUUACUAACCCUAAAAAGGUCAAGUCUUAUCAUUAAGUAAUACAGAUUCCUAAAAUUAUCUAUGGGUUGGAUACACAACAGGACUAUUUGAAAUUUAUGAUAUUUCAAAACUAAAUUUUCCUCUUGUUCUAUCGUAAAAUUUAACUAGCUCAAGUGGUAACGAUAUUCUAAAUAAAGUUAUUUAAUUUCCACAAUAUAAUUUGACAUUUUUAGCAUGUUAAAAUAACUUUAAACUUAUAACUUGGUAAUAAAAUUAACUCACCAUACAAAAAGAAGUAGAACUAUCAGAUUGGAAUAUUGUUAAAAUAAGGUUUGCAUUUAAGUAAACUUUCCUUGUUGUGCAAGGAUUUACUUCUAUUCACUUUUAUUAAUAACCAGUAUCUAGUAUACAAUAAGGUAAUCUUAACUAUUAUUGCUCUUUUAACCCCAGUUCUGCUUAUGUUCUAAGUUCUUUUGAGGUCAUAUAAGAAACAAUACUUGUAAUUUAAGUAUAAUUAUACAAGUAUAUCAUGGUUGAUAUCUCAGAUUUUAUAUAGUCUUAUAAUGGAAAAACUUGUGAUAAAACUAAAAUAAAAUACCUUGAUACCUAUCCAUCAGAUCCUCUCGGUAAUUUCUUUGCCCUGUCUAAAGAUCAAAAAUUCUUAUAUACCUAACAAAGCUCGAUAGGAGUGUUAGUUUUUGAUGUGAGCAAACAAAAGCUUGAAACAUUCUAAAUAAUAAAAACAGAAGGAACAUGUGGAGAUGUUUAGUUAAGUGAUGAUGAAAACUAUCUGUUCUAUUCCAAUUGGUUUGAUACUAAAAUCUUUAAAAAGACCUAGCCCAAUUUGAACUUGGAUAUUCCCAACCUCCUCUUAAAUUCAUAUCAAUUAGUCAGCUAUACUUUCUACAAGACUGGAAGUGGAAGCUUUGAUAAUCAAAUCAUUUAUGAAGAACCGUCUGAUAUAUUGUAUAUGACACGAAAGGAUCAAGGAAGCGCUAUUUUUAAAUAUCAAGGAGAAGGAGUGUUGGAUUUAAUUUCUCUAGUAGAUAAUGGAAUACCAAAUAUUUCUAUAUCCUAUUAAGCGAGAGUACCCGGUACAAACAUAUUUUAUUAAAGUAGAGAAAUUUUAGGACUUUAAAUAGUAGAUUAUACUGAUAUAGCUAAUCCUAAGGUUUUAAAGACAAAUAUUAGCUUAGGAUUUAAAACUUUUAAGUUCGAAUAAAUAAUAUUUAAUAAAGCAGGAACAUUAGGUUUUGUUGCAAAUAUAAUAGGUGUUGUUAUUAUCAGCAUUCAAGAUAUUCUAAAUCCUUAGGUUUUGUCAUAAGUUAACACAUCUAACUACCUAGGAGGAGAUUUAAGUCUCUAUAAAUUCUCAAUAUCUCAUGAUGAAAAAACCCUUCUCCUGUUUCCUGAAUUUUACGGCAUAGUAUUUGCAGAUAUCACAGAUCCUCUUAAUCCAUACUUCCUUUUCAAAAUUUAUCUUGGAAACAUUUACUUCCUUUAACAAACUUAAGAUAGCUAAUACCUAGUCUGCGGUGUCGGAUAUUAAGGAGUUUUUAUUUACUAAAUUAAUUAAGACAGAAGCUUAACUUUACUUUCUUAAGUACGUAUUAAAGGUGUUAUUUACUUUUAAUGGUUGAUAUACAACGACAACUAUUUAAUAGUCACAACAGCAGAAAUUGAUUCCAUUAUAUUAGUUAGUUUAGUUGAUAAGAAAAAUCCUGAAAUCAUAUAAAUUAUUCCUUUAGCUCAUAACGAUCCUAUUUACUGGCUGCUUCCAUCAUAAGACUAGUCAUUUUUGUUUGCCUCUGCAUAAAAAGCUCUGUACUAGUAUUUUAUUUAGAGCUAAAUUAUAAUUCACUCUUAAGUCUAUAAGCUAGUUUCUAUACCGAACUCUAAUUAGUUUCUUCGUUAAUUACUUCAAAAAGGACAGCCAUUCCAAGUAGGUGACAUCAUUUAAAUUUAUCUAGUUAACAUUUAUUAGACAAAAGAUGUCAGAAUAUAAGAGGCUUUCUAUUAUUAAAAUUUUGUGAUUUAAGGUUUACCAAGUUGGAUACAAUAUUCUCCUUCGGAUUAAGUAUUGAGCAUUUAAGCGUCAAAAGAAGCAUUAAUAGCAGAUACAAAUGGUUAAUAUCUAUCAAAAACUCUAUAGUAGAUUAUAUUUUUGAGUUAUUAAGGGUUAGGUGAUGAUGCUUUUACUAAUGUGAAUUUAAAUAUUAGUUCAGAUGAUUCCAUAAAUAUUAAGUAGAUCUGUAUGAGAGCUGGGUAUCUAGAUAAAUCUGGAUUUGUUUCUUCUACUUAUUCCCCUCAAAAUGAAUUCAGUUUAGCAGAUAAUUAAUAUUCACAAGUAGUUCUUCAAAAAUGGAAUUAAACCUAAGUCCAACUGCAAUCAGUACUAGAUUUUAUUUAGUUCACUUUGAACUAAAAUAUAAUAAACUACGUAAUAUAAUUUUAUAUAGAGCCGUCUUUAGUAGUUGAUUUAAAAAAUUCAACAAAUAUCAUUUCUUCUAACUAAAAUUAAGUGAUAGUAACUCUUCAAGUGACAAACGGGUUGUUUGUUAAUAAACUUUAUCCAGGUAUUUUAGUGCUUAUAAAUUCUGAAUAGAAUAUAAUUUAGUUGCAAGGCUCUGUUUCUAGUGUAAACUCAGUAUUAGCAAAUACAAUCAAAUUAUCGUUAACAGAUAAAUCACUGUUUAAUUCUACAAUAACAGAUGUAACAAUAGAUGAUUAAAUAAAUUAUAAAUUUGUUUAAACUCUACCAUUAAGCCAGGCAACAUUUAUAUCUCUGUAAUCACCAGUUACAGUAUAGAGUAGUCUCCAAGAUGAUUUAAAUUAAUAGUAUCCAAAUGCAUAGCUUGCUGUUUAAACACCCUUUAAUUACAAAAUGAGUGAAUCAGUUUUUAAAUGCGUAGAUUCGAGUUCUCUCUAAUACAAAGCAAAAGUAUCGAAAGGAGAUGGUAACUUUGAAGAAAUACCUGCAGGCUAUUGGCUAUCUUUUUCUUCUAAUGAGAGGACCUUGAUAGGGACUCCUCAAACCAAUUUAUUUAAUUAAUAAUUUACAAUUUAAAUAGAGGCUACAGAUGGAUACACAACAGCGAAAGAUUAGGUGAUAAUUACUGUAUCAAUAAUUCCAUUUUUCCUAGUGUUGUAAAUUAUUAUUUAGAUCCUUGGACCAGUUUUAGGAAUAUUAGGUGUAUGGAAAUAUAGAACAAUAUUUUAUAAUAUAAUGUUUAAGCGUUUCCUUAUUUACUCAAAGGAAAUAGUACAUGUGUCUGAGUACUAUGAAAAGAAAAUUAUAAUAACUGAUAAUAUGCUAGAUAUAUCUCUUUAAUUGUGGAAGCCUGUAGAAAAUUAACUUUUAUUAAAAUUUGUUUAAUUAGAAAUGAGUCAAGCUUACUAAUCCAAUAAAAUACAUCACAUAAUUACUAAUAAAUAUGGUGGUGAUUUUAUAGAAAAAAGUGAAAACAACAUGACCUUUGUUGAGUAACUUUAAAAAUCAGUAAAUUAUAAUUAUGAUUAUGAGUAGGAAGAUUAAAUUAAUUAAGAGAUAGAUACUAAAAAUUAAUAAAAGAAGAAUAAUUAAUAGUAGGACAAAACUUUAAAUUUUUCAACCCACUAUUAGCAGAAUUAAAAAAAUAAUAACCCCAAUUAGAGUAAAUAUGAGGUAAAUAAUUCUCUUUAGAGUAAAAAGAUUCAAACAUAGCAGAGCAUGCAUACUUCUGCUUUAGUAAAAUAAAUUAAUGUCAAUGAAAGAAUGAGAGUAUCAUCUACAAUAAAAUAAAGCUAAAACCAGUAGUUAUUUUUGUUAAAUGGAGAAAUCAACUUUGAUUUUAUUAAAAAAUAAGUUCUUCAAAAUCAUGAUAGAAUAACAUAAAAAGAACGAAUGGUUAAUCAAACUCUCCUGAAAUAGUUGAAUACCGAAGAGUCAAGACUAUCUACUAUGUUAAAGUGUUUAGCAGCAGAAUAUUUUAUAGAAUGUUCUCCUCUUUGCACAAAUUUAGUAAAUUUAUUGAAGCAAAAAGCUCUUCAUAUUUAUAAAGAAAUAGAUUGGUAUAGAGCAUAUGUGAAAGUGUAAGUUAAAGAGAAAGUUUUGGAAACAAAUUUUCCAACAUAUUUGCUCGAAGAGAAUUCUGUUAGAUUAGCGCUUUACGAAAUCUCAGAAGACAUGUAAAAAGAGUAAAUUUAGUAAUCAAAUUCUACUUAAAAGUAAUCCGAAAAUAAAUUUUUUAAAGAAGUAAUUAUUUAUUUACCUCUUAUCGAACAAUAUUUAUUUGCUGAAGCACUUGGAGUUACCAACAAAAAGAGAAAAUUCUUCGAAGUAUCGAAGGGAGAUUGUUUCCACUGCUAUUCCUUUUAGAUUCGUUCUAUAAAAUGCUAUGAAAAAAGUGUUAUGUUUAACUGCUGCGUUGGACUCUAAGAGUUUUUUGGGCUUAAUUAAGUUGAGAAAGGUUUAUCAGAGAAUUAAAUGCUACCAGAAUGGAUGCAAAUAGAUUCAUAAAAAACUGAAAUUACUUUGAAAGGGACUCCUGAUAAAAAGCAUGUCGGAGAGUCUAGAUUCAAAUUUUAUGAUCUAGAUGGCUAUCUGAUAAGACAGUUUGAUCUCUAAGUCUUACCAAAAAGAAGAUAAUUUGAUUAAGAAGAAGAAGAAUAUUAGAUUCAACAAAUAGAAAUUCAGGUUGAGAGAAAAAAAGAAUAAAGUUCAAUAAAUGAUGACACUACGAGAAGAAAUUUGCUUUUAGAUCAAACAAGCGAGGAUACUACAAGAAAAAAUGCAAUUUUAGAUUAAACUAGAGAUGAAACUACAAGAAAAAAUGUUAAUCUAAAUAAAUCUAACAGUUCUGAAAAAAUAUAAUAAAAUUUAUAAUCAUUGUCAAAUUCACACAAUAUGUAAAUUAUAAGCGAUAAAGUUUUAGAGCUUGAAGAAUAAAUUCCUUAAAUAAAAAAUUCAGGAAAAUUUAAGAGCACUGACAGAAAUCUUAGUGAUCAUAAUAUACCAGAAAAUUUAACUUAAAACUAAUGA